AUGAGUGAUGACCUUGGUGACAGAAAAAUAUUGAAAAAUGCAGACGAUCUGAAAGAAAUGGGUGAAGAAAUAUAUGAAUAUUUAGUCGAUGCAGUAGUGCUAGAACGCUGUUUCAAUGUACAUCGAAUUUUCAAAUUAAUAGGUGCCGUUCUACCUCAUGAGACCUCUAAGGAACCAACAAUAGUUUCUGAUCAUGAUAUUUUUGGCAGCGAGUCAACGUCACAAACAAAACAUCAGAAAAGUAUGGAGGUUGUGUGUGAUGUAUGUCAGCGACCUAUAGCAGCAAGUCGAUUUGCUCCUCAUCUUGAAAAAUGUAUGGGAAUGGGGCGGAAUAGUUCAAGGAUUGCUCAACUUCGUAUUAAUCAGACAAUUAAUUAUACAAAUUCGGAGAGAAAAAGACGUGCAUCAACGAGUCGAUCACGUCGGUUCAGUGAUCAGUCCGAUGAAGAUUCGCAUAAUACAGCAGCAGAUGAUGAUGAAGACUGGGCAAGCAGUCGAAGGUCUCGGAAAUCAAGGAAAACAAAACUAAAAAGUAAGAUGAAAACUCGAACUCUUCUAUCCGUCUGCUUCUUGUAUGUUGCAUGUUAUCAAAUACCAUUCGAAGUGCUAGCAUUAAUAUAUGAAUAG